AUGUCGAAACCUAAGUCGCAUGCUGGUGUCUUCGUCUCGCAUGAAUGGAUACUGGCUGGCCAGCAGUUUGCAAACACACCAAGCUACGUCCGCGAAGUCCUUGCGAGCCUUCUCACAAUGCCAUCUGGCUUGGAGAUAGCUCUUUUCGGUGUACCAUCCACAACUGUCCGUGCAUUCAUUGCUAAUGGCCAGGUACCAAUACUCUCGCCCGGAAGUCCUACCCCGAGUACACAAGACUUCUUCUCUGCAGAACCUUCCACCCUUCCUACGUUCAAGGACCUGCGCGCGCUGCCUGUGCCGCCUGUGGAGAUGAUAGAUAAGCUCUUUCGUGCUGUAGGAGAAGAGUGGCUUGCUGGAAAGGUCUCUAUCCAUUAUGCUCACCUCAUAUCGACCUCGUAUGCCACCAGCACUGGUGCCAACUCCCUGGUGCCCUUGUAUAUUCUCAGUUUCUGGCGCCGUGUGCAUCGCAUGCGGAGCACCUACACAACCUGGAAAACAGCCGAAACAUGGUUGUUGACGUCUGGGCGUGCUCCAGGGCCACUGACCGACUCAACCCGACUCCUCUUGACACGGAUACCCCAUUCCGGACGCCUUGGAGCUCUUGAAGGGAAGCCGGACACGAUAGCUCUCGCCUCAUUUCUUUCACGAGAAUGGCUCGCAUCAGAACACAUCGGAAUGAUCUGUAACAUACUACGCACCGAUAUCGACAUGGACGACCACCUUCGAGGGAGACAUGCUAUUUGGGAUGCAUACUGGACGUGGCUGCUAUGGAGCAGGUAUGUAGAAAGGGCACAGGUACGCAGUGCCACAGGAAAGCCUAUCCCACCUCCAAAGGUCGUGCUCCCUGCUUGGUUGGUCCAAUUUGGAGAGCGCCUCGCAAGUGGGGACCUUCUAUCACUGAGUCUCGUUUUCAAUUUGAAUGGUGCCCACUGGAUCGCGGUCGUCGUGGACUUCAGGGUGUGGUCUAUCCUCUUCGCGGACUCGAUGGGACAUAGCAUCCCUCCUCAGCUGCAUGAUCUGCUUCAAUGGUGGCUCACACCGUACGCAAAACAGCAGCUCUCUGUAUCGCACCUUCCAUGCAUGCGACAGGCGCCUGGCGACUACUUCUCGUGUGGAAUCUGUGCCCCGAACGCUAUUGCCCACUACUAUCUGCCGGAUCUCCAUCCCCUCAUAUUGCCUGAUAUGGUCGACAGUGCACGGAUGGUCUAUUUGGAACGUAUAUGGAAGAUCUCGCAAUCCUCACCCGUGGAAGCCGCGACAUCAACACCCGACUUCACUGAUAGUGACCUCGGUGGCGCCCUGCAGAUUGAUCAGGACAUCACCAUCAUUGAUACGUCUAUCGACAUACCUAUCCUGUCCAAGCCCAAGUGUGACAGUGCAGCCAUCGCAUGCGAGACCCCAAAGGUGCCAGGAAAGCCGAUGAAGCGAAAACGGCGUCCGAUCGUGUAA